CAUAAAAACGAAGUAAGAGUGGAAACGACAUUGAACCUGGCUUUCAGGAGUUUGGACAAAAUAAACAAAGAGCAAGGUAAAGACCUAGUAGGAUCUUGUCACAGCAUAGAAGAGGUAAGAGAUCUCUUCCAGCGAAACCCAGGAAAUUCUGCCGUUCUUUGUUUUUGGGUUAUUGUCUAAAUCUCAACGCUAGAAGAGCAGAGCAAAACGAGUAGAGAAGGGACCUUAUUCAUGGCCGAUACUCUAGAAGGCUCAGUGCAGAAUAUUUUAGAGCAGGAUACAUUGAAGUGGGUUUUUGUAGGGGGGAAGGGUGGGGUUGGGAAAACCACUUGCAGCUCCAUUCUUGGUAUAUUACUCGCUCAGGUCCGAUCCUCUGUGCUCAUCAUCUCUACAGACCCUGCCCACAAUCUCAGCGACGCUUUCCAGCAGCGAUUCACUAAGUUUCCCACCCUCGUCAAUGGCUUCUCCAAUCUUUAUGCCAUGGAAGUUGAUCCAAAUGUUGAGAAUGAAGACACGGUUGGAUCGGAUGGAAUGGAUGGAUUUUUGUCUGAGUUAGCAAAUGCAAUUCCUGGGAUUGAUGAGGCAAUGAGUUUUGCUGAGAUGCUAAAAUUAGUGCAAACUAUGGAUUAUUCUGUUAUAGUAUUUGAUACUGCUCCAACGGGUCACACACUCCGGUUAUUACAAUUUCCAUCAACACUGGAGAAAGGCCUUGGAAAAAUGAUGAGAUUGAAGAACAGCUUUGGUGGCGUGUUGAAUCAGGUGACUAGUCUCUUAGGCGUUGGUAGUGAAUAUGGUGAGGAUGCUAUCCUUGGAAGGCUCGAGGGGAUGAAAGAGAUAAUUGAAAAAGUUAACAAGCAGUUCAAGGAUCCGGACUUGACGACAUUUGUCUGUGUUUGCAUUCCGGAAUUCUUGUCGCUGUAUGAGACUGAAAGGCUUGUGCAGGAACUCACGAAAUUUGAUAUUGAUACACACAACAUCAUUAUUAACCAAGUGAUUUUUCAAGACGAAGCUGUCGAGUCCAAGUUGCUCAAGGCUAGAAUGCGGAUGCAAGAAAAGUACUUAAAUCAGUUCUACAUUUUAUAUGAUGACUUCAACAUUACUAAAUUGCCUUUGCUGCCACAAGAGGUUUGUGGUGUUGAAGCUCUCAAGGCAUUUUCGCACAAUUUUACAACACCAUACCAACCUUCUCUUGUCCGAGGCUCGGUUGAAGAGCUGGAGCAACGGGUAUCUGUAUUAAGGGAACAAUUGAAAGAUGCGGAAGUGGAACUAGAAAAGCUUAGAAAAGGGAAACAGAAGGCAUGAGCUCCGGAGGGCCAACAUCAUCUUCUUUUGUUUUUUGCUCUGCUUUAACAUAUUUUUGGAUGUCUCUCUCUCUCUCUCUCUCAAAUAUGGAAUGAUUUGUUCUAUUAAUUCAUAGCUACUUUGAUAUUACUCAAUAAUUUGUAUUGGUUUCUUGUAUGCUGUGAGAAAUGACAAAUGAGUUUAUUUAGACAUUAGCCUAUUAGCUUGAGGUGAAAUCAGAGGACAAUUAUGAAUGAAUAUCAUAGGAACUGUACUUUUACAGGCAUUUUUAUUA